CGCCCCCGCCCUUCCCCGGGAUCGCCGCCGCGCUAGGCCCGCCCGGCGGCCCCGCGCAGUGCCCUCCGCGGGCCCGGCACUAGGCGGGCCGGAGGAUGAGCCAGCAGCCGGCGGGGAAGAUGUCGGCGGCUCCCCUGGCGGCCGAGGCGCCGGAGCCGGCGGCGGGGAUGCUCGAGGGCCGCCAGAGGAAGCUGGAGUCCAUGAUCCGCGACCCGCGCUCCCCGGUCAACGUGGAGAGCCUUCUGGACGGCUUGAAUUCUUUGGUCCUUGAUCUGGAUUAUCCAGCACUGAGGAAGAACAAGAACAUUGAUAAUUUCUUAAAUAGAUAUGAGAAGAUUGUGGAAAAAAUCCGAGCUUUACAAAUGAAAGCUGAAGACUAUGAUGUUGUAAAGGUGAUUGGAAGAGGGGCUUUUGGAGAAGUGCAGCUGGUUCGCCAUAAAAUGACACAGAAAGUUUAUGCAAUGAAGCUACUUAGUAAAUUUGAAAUGAUCAAGAGAUCAGAUUCAGCCUUUUUCUGGGAAGAAAGAGAUAUCAUGGCCUUCGCCAACAGUCCGUGGGUGGUUCAGCUAUUUUGUGCCUUUCAAGAUGACAAGUACUUGUACAUGGUAAUGGAAUACAUGCCAGGUGGAGAUCUCGUAAACCUUAUGAGCAAUUACGAUGUGCCUGAGAAAUGGGCCAAGUUCUACACAGCCGAAGUUGUUCUUGCUCUUGAUGCAAUUCACUCCAUGGGCUUGAUACACAGAGAUGUGAAGCCUGACAAUAUGCUUUUAGAUAAACAUGGGCAUCUGAAGCUGGCAGAUUUUGGCACUUGUAUGAAAAUGGAUGAAACAGGAAUGGUUCGCUGCGACACGGCCGUGGGAACCCCCGACUACAUAUCGCCCGAAGUUCUGAAGUCGCAGGGGGGUGAUGGUUACUAUGGACGGGAAUGUGACUGGUGGUCUGUAGGGGUGUUCCUUUUUGAGAUGUUAGUUGGCGAUACUCCUUUUUAUGCAGACUCACUAGUAGGAACAUACAGUAAAAUUAUGGAUCAUAAGAACUCGUUACAUUUCCCGGAUGACGUGGAAAUCUCUAAACAUGCGAAGAACCUUAUCUGUGCCUUUUUAACUGAUAGGGAUGUGCGACUUGGGAGAAAUGGGGUAGAAGAAAUAAAGCAUCACCCUUUCUUCAAAAGCGAUCAGUGGAACUGGGACAACAUUCGAGAGACUGCUGCUCCUGUUGUUCCUGAGCUCAGCAGUGAUAUAGAUAGCAGUAAUUUUGAUGACAUUGAGGACGACAAGGGAGACGUGGAAACCUUUCCAAUCCCCAAAGCCUUCGUGGGAAACCAGCUGCCUUUCAUAGGAUUUACCUACUAUAGAGAUAAUUUGUUGCUAAGUGACUCCUCUCAGUCUUGCAGAGAAAAUGAAUCUGUGCAAUCUAGUAAAAAUGAGUUUCAGAAAAAACUAAGCAAGCUAGAAGAACAGCUCAGUAAUGAAUUGCAAGCCAAAGAUGAACUAGAACAGAAGUACAGGUCUACAAGUACUCGUUUAGAGAAGAUACUGAAAGAGCUCGAUGAAGAGAUUACUUCAAGGAAGAAUGUAGAGUCUGCAGUCAGGCAGUUAGAGAGAGAGAAGGCUCUUCUUCAGCAUAAGAAUACAGAAUACCAGAGAAAAGCAGAACACGAAGCAGAUAAGAAACGCAAUUUGGAAAAUGAGGUUAACAGUUUGAAAGACCAGCUUGAAGAUUUAAAAAAGAGGAAUCAGAACUCUCAAAUAUCUAAUGAGAAAAUCAAUCAGCUACAAAGACAGUUGGAUGAAGCCAAUUCUUUGCUGCGGUCAGAGUCUGAUACUGCAGCCAGGUUAAGGAAGAACCAGACAGAAAGCACAAAGCAAAUCCAGCAGCUGGAAACUAAUAAUAGAGAACUACAAGAUAAGAACUGCCUGCUAGAGAAUGCGAAACUCAAACUGGAGAAGGAGUAUCUCAAUCUUCAGUCAGCUCUAGAAUCAGAAAGGAGAGAUCGAAGUCAUGGAUCAGAGAUUAUCAGUGAUUUACAAGGUCGAAUAUCUAGCCUUGAAGAAGAAGUGAAAAGUGGAAAGAGUGCAUUAGCCAAACUGGAAAUGGAGAAAAGACAAUUGCAGGAAAAGCUCACAGAUUUAGAAAAGGAAAAGAGCAACAUGGAAAUAGAUAUGACAUAUAAAUUUAAAGUUAUGCAGCAGAACCUUGAGCAAGAAGAAGCUGAACAUAAAGCCACAAAAGCACGAUUAGCAGACAAAAACAAGAUCUAUGAAUCUAUAGAGGAAGCAAAAUCUGAAGCCAUGAAAGAAAUGGAGAAGAAACUUUUGGAAGAGAGAGCUUUAAAGCAAAAAGUAGAAAAUCGGUUGUUGGAAGCUGAAAAGCAGCGCUCCAUGUUGGACUGUGAUCUCAAACAAUCACAACAGAAAAUCAAUGAGCUCCUUAUGCAAAAGGAUAUACUAAAUGAAGAUGUAAAAAACUUGACAUUAAAAAUAGAGCAAGAAACACAAAAGCGCUGUCUCACUCAAAAUGACCUCAAGAUGCAAACGCAGCAGGUCAACACCUUGAAAAUGUCAGAGAAACAGUUAAAACAGGAGAAUAACCAUCUUCAGGAAAUCAAAUUAAGUCUGGAAAAACAAAACAAUGAACUCCGCAAGGAACGUCAAGAUGCAGAUGGACAAAUGAAAGAGCUUCAAGACCAACUCGAAGCUGAACAGUAUUUCUCGACUUUGUAUAAGACACAAGUUCGAGAACUUAAAGAAGAAUGUGAGGAAAAGACCAAAAUUUGUAAAGAAAUGCAGCAAAAGAUACAAGAGUUACAGGAUGAGAGAGAUUCCUUGGCUGCUCAGCUAGAGAUUACUUUGACAAAAGCAGAUUCAGAACAACUUGCCCGUUCCAUUGCUGAAGAGCAGUACUCUGAUUUGGAAAAAGAGAAGAUUAUGAAAGAGCUGGAGAUUAAAGAGAUGAUGGCAAGGCAUAAACAGGAACUUACUGAGAAAGAUGCCACCAUAGCUUCGUUGGAGGAAGCAAAUAGGACACUAACCAGUGAUGUGGCUAAUCUUGCUAAUGAGAAAGAAGAACUAAACAAUAAACUGAAGGAAGUACAAGAACAAAUUACAAAACUAAAAGAAGAAGAAGCAAAUAUAGGAAAUAUUAAAGCACAAUUUGAGAAACAGUUGUUGACUGAAAGAACAUUAAAAACCCAGGCUGUGAAUAAAUUGGCUGAGAUCAUGAAUCGGAAGGGUCCAGUCAAACGUGGAUCUGACACUGAUGUACGGCGGAAGGAAAAGGAAAAUAGGAAGCUGCAUAUGGAACUGAAGUCUGAACGAGAAAAGUUAACCCAAAUGAUGAUCAAAUAUCAGAAGGAAAUAAAUGAAAUGCAGGCACAAAUUGCAGAAGAGAGUCAGAUCCGAAUUGAACUGCAGAUGACUCUGGACAGCAAGGACAGCGACAUUGAACAGCUUCGUUCCCAGCUGCAGUCCCUGCACAUUGGGCUGGACAACAGCAGCAUUGGCAGCGGGCCUGGAGAUGCUGAGGCAGAUGAUGGAUUCCCUGAAUCAAGAUUGGAAGGCUGGCUAUCACUGCCUGUUAGAAAUAACACUAAAAAAUUUGGAUGGGUUAAAAAGUAUGUAAUUGUAAGCAGUAAGAAGAUCCUGUUCUAUGACAGCGAACAAGAUAAAGAACAAUCUAAUCCCUAUAUGGUAUUGGAUAUAGACAAACUCUUCCAUGUCCGACCAGUCACUCAGACUGAUGUGUACAGAGCAGAUUCCAAGGAGAUUCCAAGGAUAUUCCAGAUUCUAUAUGCUAAUGAAGGAGAGAGCAAAAAGGAACAGGAAUUUCCUGUGGAACCCAUGGGAGAGAAGUCAAAUUACAUUUGUCACAAAGGACAUGAGUUUAUACCUACUCUUUACCACUUUCCAACCAAUUGUGAAGCUUGUAUGAAGCCACUGUGGCAUAUGUUUAAACCUCCUCCUGCUCUGGAAUGUCGCCGCUGCCACAUCAAAUGUCACAAAGACCACAUGGAUAAAAAAGAAGAGAUUAUAGCGCCUUGCAAAGUGUACUAUGAUAUUUCUACGGCAAAGAAUCUACUACUGUUAGCUAAUUCUACGGAAGAACAGCAAAAAUGGGUGAGCCGACUGGUGAAAAAAAUACCCAAGAAGCCUCCAGCACCAGACCCCUUUGCUCGAUCUUCUCCCAGAACUUCCAUGAAGGUACAGCCAAACCAGUCCAUCAGACGACCAAGUCGACAGCUUCCUCCAAACAAACCAAGCUAACUGCUUUCUGUGAAUGUAGACACAGUUCAAGGUGAUAAUUUUCUUCCCAUUACAGCAAGACUGAAACAUAUCCCAAAAUAUAUUAAAAAUAUAUAUUUUCCUGAGAGAUUGUGCUAUAUAUAUCAGAGGUUUACAUUUUUGCUGCAAUAUAAAUUACUAAUCUCUGAGGGUUUUCCUGUAUUCUCCCAAGUGACUGAUCAAUUGAGGAAUGGUUGGCAAAUAGUAAAAGGAUAUGUUAGGUAACCUUUUAAACUCUGUUCCACAAAAGCAAGACACAUACACUACAUUUCAUUAAAGGAUCAAGAGGAAUGAAUAUUAAAAUGGAAGAAACUGACUUCUCAGCUUUUGUAAAGAUGCCACCAGCACGUCUGCAAGUAGAACCGGAGGAAGAUCCACCAUAGUGAUAUAGACUGCAUCUGUAAGAAGUGACCAUUAUACUGUGUAUAUAUAUUGUACUGUAAUACUGCAAGAGGGUUUUAAAAAUCUUUCCACUUUAUUUUUUUAUGCUUAUUAAUCAGAUACCGUUACUUAUUGCAGUUGCAACUAUGCACUUGUAUAAAGCCAUACUGUUGAAGUUUAUAUCAUUCAUACACGUCUAUCAGAAGCUGCAUGUCAGUGUUCAGCAGCUAGUAUAGGUUUGAAGUAUGUACUAAUUUCAGCUAUACGUCAUCAUGGGCAGUCCUGUUUUACCUGUCUAAUUGCCUUAAUUUAAACUUUUUUCAAUUUUUUUUUGCCCAUUCUUUCUAUUUAAGGAAAAAGAAAGUUUACCGGCUCUUAGAAUGCAAUUUUGCUUUGUGGCAGAAAAAAUAGUGCACUAUUUUUACACCUAGUAAGUAUAUCAGUGUCAGCCUAUUUUGAAUGUAUAUUGACUGGUUUUAAGGGUGGAGAAGUGUUGGUUACAGAAACAAUGUCGGAGAGCAUUGGAAUUACCAGACCAUUUGCUUGUACAUGUAACUGCUCAUCCAGCCCUUUUUACGAACCUCAAUGCUAGUUAUUGACUUAUAUUAACCCUCAUUAAGUGCUAUGAAACUUCAUUUUGCCUUGUUUUUGCAUACUCUCCUAGAUGUGUUUUUUUUUUUUAUUUCUGGAAAGAAAAAGAAUCUGUGACUAUUUUUACAUUUCACAACACAAUAUCCAAGGACUGUCACAAACUUUAAGAAAAGUAAAACAUACUGUAGAUGUAUUUUAAAGUUUUAAUCUGGUUCUCUAGCACAUAGCUGUAGGCAUAGAUAAAUAUUUCAGUAGUGUGUUUUGAGAACUGAUAGCUGGGAAGAAAGGGCCUCAGAGGCACUUAAUCUGACUUCUUUUUUUUAACUUGGAGUUGUACAAAAAUAUAAUUUAUGUGGGCUCAUUCAUGAUGUGUUCAUAAUUAUCCCAGAAAAUGCAUGUUUUAUACAACUACAGUAUGCGAUGUUAAACAUAUUGACAGUAAAAAAUAUAGUCUCCUAUUUGGUCUCUUUAUAUAUAUAUAAAUAUAUAUAUAUAUUUAAAAUAUAUAUAUAUAUAAAAUAUUGUGUGGGAGUGCAGUAAUUUAAAAUAUGAUCUAACACUUCAAUGAAGGAGGACAUUUCACUUUAAAUUUGUUUUUGUUUUUGUUUUUUAAAGAGUGUUGAAAUGUUUGGAAGGAUAGGACCAUGAUUUAUUUAACACUAUCAUGAAAAGUGAACUUGGAAACACUGAAAUACUGAAAAUUAAAAAAUAUAUUUACAUUUUGUAACCUCUACUACAGUUCAGCUUAACAGAGCCAGAAUGUAUUCAGUCUUCUAUUUAUGCACUCACAAAGUAAAAUGUUGUUUGUGAGUUCUUAAAAUCGAAGCUAAAACGUUCAUAUCAUUUUUUAUUAGGUAUUCUAACCCAGCGCACAGCUACAGUGUUUUUUCCCUGCUUGUUUUGAUUUACAGAAGUACGGUAUAUUUUUAGGUAAUGCAGAUAUGCAUAGAGAACAACAUUAAAAAUGUAUACAGUAAAACUGUUUCCGUUCACUGAAUGCAUAAAUAUUUUAUAUAUAUAUAUAAAAAAAUGUUACAUUGUGGGAAGUUCUAUCCUUUUCUGAAUUGGAGAAUAUUAUAUAUAUAUUUUUAAAUAAACUAUUUGAGUAAGGUAAAAUA